AUGAUUUAUUACAUCAACACAUUCACCGUUCAACAGGAAUGCUGUUCGAUAUUCACCUCAAAGUCUUUUGAUCUAGUGUCUCCAUUUCUGUCCUCAGGGGCUAUCCUGGGCCGGUCAGAGACGCAGGAGUGUAUCCACUACAACUACAACCCCAACCCUGCUGCCAUCCAAGAGAACCGGGGGAACCGCAGUGGCAUCGAGACGUGUGCCGGGGAGAAGGACAAGCGGAGACACUGCUUUGCCACCUGGAGGAAUGUGUCGGGAAUCGUAGAUAUCGUCAAGCAGGGCUGCUGGCUGGAUGAUACCAACUGCUAUGACAGGUAGGGCCAAUUGCAUCAGGGCUCUGUGGGGGUGGGUUGGAUAACAUGUGUGAUCUGUUACAACACACCAAUGACACACGGUGGAAUAACUAAGUGUAUCAUUGGUGUGUUGCAAUGGAUCACAAAUGUUAUCAGUAUAUCAGUAGUAGUAUCUCCAUUCUGUGUGAGGACUUGGUCGGCCCAUGAAUAUGAUGUGAAAGGUGUCGAUUGGGGAGCAAGAAAAAUCAUCAUGAAUGUGGUUCCUUGCCAAAUGUCAGCAUCAGCAGUCUCAACUUGUUCAAACAGCUACACCACUGCGAUAAACAAUUGAGCUUCUUCUCAAGUAAUUUAACACCUGCAAUGGUUUUUUAGACAAGCUAGGCCUAGAUGUUUGCAUAUUGCAAAUGUGCCCUGUGAGCCAGAACAGACAGAUAGAGAUGGAUAAAACAUUUCCUCACUUAGGGUUAUAUAUCCAUAUAUCACCUGAUGUUAAGUGGAACACUUUAGCCUCCCCCUCCAUUCCACCAAAUUGUAAUGUUAUCUGCCCAGCUAUCCAUCCAGCAUGUCAGCUAGCGUUGCCAGAAACAUUCUCUGUCAUAGCGUGCGAGAUCCCAGGCCCAGAAAGGCUGAUUUACCAGGCGGCUCUUGUCUUAGCAUGCCGUUGAACCCGUUUACCUUCCACCUGCAGUAACCAUCGAUGUGUUUUUGAAGUGUGGCAUGCUGCCAUGUGAUUACUCAAUGUAGAGCAACCGGUAGCUCCGACCGUGCGGCAACUUACCAAUGUGUGUGUACUCUAGAUGUAAACAACAGCCAAAAGAUUGUGCAAUAAAAAAUGUGUAAACAUAGUUUGGAGUGAAUACUGCUCAUUUUGUUUCUUCUUGGGCUAAUAAGCUUGUUUAUCUAUUCAGGGAUGUUCAAAGAAUGGAGUGUAGCUUUGAUAUGGUUUAGCUGCCAUGGAAUGUAAGUUUGUCAGUUAAAUAUAGAAUUCAUUAUUUAUUUCCUUCCUUUUUUGUUCCAAACUUACGAGGUGUAACAAAAAAUACUUGUUUACAGGAAGUAGCCUACUGUACCUACAACAACAUGAACUACAGCAUCAUAUUUUUACAUCCAUUAUAUUACUAUUCCUGUAGAGCUCCAGUCUAAAGCUCAAGGACAGUUUCCAAAAUUCUGAAAUACCACAUUUUCCUUAGAUAUACAAUUGCAACCCAAAGAAACAAAAUAAGUUACAAAAGUUUAGAAAAGGGAAGGUUUGCUAAGCUAUCGGGGCCCGAAGGGACCAAGAUUUUGCUACGUUGUUGUGACAACAUUGUCUCUCUCUUUUCCAGAACUGAAUGUGUGGAGACGAAGGAAAGUCCGGAUGUGUUCUUCUGUUGCUGUGAAGGAAACAUGUGCAACCAAAAGUUAUUCUACACCCCCGACAACACACAAGCUGUUCAGAGUAAGUUGUGUGUGCGAGCAUGCUUGUGUUCCUGUAUGUAACACCAUAUCAACUGAAAAAUCUGUUGUGCUCAAAUCUGAAAUCCGUGCCUUUGUCCUAAGCGUGACCUUUUGACUUUUGUUAAUAGCCCAAUCUGUUAGUUAGUCAUCUUUUAUUCUCUCACGUUACAUAAUGCUGACACUCUGCGUAACCGCUCUGCUUCGUCAAAUCUGCUCCAUAUUCCGGGAAGUGUGCGGCGUGGUGUGGUGUGCCCAGUUCCAGUGAGUGUGCAGUGAGCUCAGGCAUGUGCCAUGGCGUGUCGGACAGUGUCCUGUGUGGCUUCAUGUGUGUCAUGCAUCAGGGAUUGCUGUGUCUUUCAGAUUAAAGGGGAUGAUCUGUCCUCCUUAUCCCCUUUGAGCUAACGGGCCUCACUGCUAAACAUCCUCUUAGCAGGAGGAGGAAUGCAGUGACUCAGUCAGAGGAGGUGUAGCUAGCUGGGUCUGGGCACACUGACGUCAGCUUCCUCCCCUGGCGCUGCUCGCUCUUCCAAGCAACAAUCCUUCCUUGGUCCUGGAACUCAAUCUACAUUCUUCCCGUAAUUGUUGAUAAAAAAAUAAAUAUAUAAUAAUCUGAGCACAUCCUCAAAGAAUGCAGAAUAUCUAAUCAGAAAUCUCUUAAUGUUCCUUGGUUCUGGAAUUUCUUGGUUCUGGCAAAGAAAUUCCGUAAUUGUUAAAAAAACUAACAUUUUUUUAGCACAUCAUCAGUUAAGUAUAAAGAAAAGAGAAAUCUAAUCAGUGAUCAGAAAUGCCUUAAUGUUGUGGUUGGGUAACUCCUUUUCCUGUUGCACUAUUGUUGCUCAACAAUGAACAGAAAUGCCCUUUUCAGAAUAGUCAUUAAUUCACGGGGAAAACAUUUGUGUGUUCUUGCAUUGGAGUCAGAUAGAGGUUAUACAAUAGAUACACUCACUGGUCAGUUUAUUAGGUACACCCAUCUAGUACCGGGUCAGCCUCAAGAACAGCCUAAAUUCUUUGGGGCAUGGCAUUCAAUCGUUGCUCAAUUGGUAUCAAGGGACCUAACGUGUGCCAGGAAAACAUUCCCCACACCAUUACACCACCAUCACCAGCCUGUAUUGUUGAUACCAGGCAGGAUGGGGCCAUGGACUCAUGCUGCUUACGCCAAAUCCUGACUCUGCCAUCAGCAUGACGAAACAGGAACCAGGAUUUGUCGGACCAGGCAAUAUUUUUCCACUCCUCAAUUGUCCAGUGUUGGUGAUCACCCGUCCACUGGAGCCGCUUCUUCUUGUUUUUAGCUGACAGGAGUGGAAAUGGUGUGGUUGUCUGCUGCAAUAGCCCAUCUGUGACAAGGAUCGAGGAGUUGUGCGUUCUGAGAUGCCGUUCUGCACACCACUGUUGUACUUCGCCGUUAAUUGCCUGUUUGUGGCCCGCCUCUUAGCUUGCACGAUUCUUGCCAAUCUUCUUCGACCUCUCUCAUUAACGAGCUGUUUUCGCCUACAGGACUGCCGCGGACUGGAGGUUUUUUGUUUGUCGCACCAUUCUCUGUAAACCCUAGUCACUGUCGUGCGUGAAAAGCCCAGGAGGGGGGCCACCUGGCAGGUGCGCCGAUCCAGUAUUCUGGAUCCGGCGCGCCUGGCACCGACAAUCAUACCACGCUCAGAGUCGCUUAGGUCACUCGUUUUGCCCAUUCUAACGUUCAAUUGAACAGUAACUGAAUGCCUCGAUGCCUGUCUGCCCGCUUUAUAUACAGUGAGGGAAAAAAGUAUUUGAUCCCCUGCUGAUUUUGUACGUUUGCCCACUGACAAAGAAAUGAUCCGUCUAUAAUUUUAAUGGUAGGUUUAUUUGAACAGUGAGAGACAGAAUAACAACAAAAAAAUCCAGAAAAACGCAUGUCAAAAAUGUUAUAAAUUGAUUUGCAUUUUAAUGAGGGAAAUAAGUAUUUGACCCCCUCUCAAUCAGAAAGAUUUCUGGCUCCCAGGUGUCUUUUAUACAGGUAACGAGCUGAGAUUAUGAGCACACUCUUAAAGGGAGUGCUCCUAAUCUUAGCUUGUUACCUGUAUAAAAGACACCUGUCCACAGAAGCAAUCAAUCAAUCAGAUUCUAAACUCUCCACCAUGGCCAAGACCAAAGAGCUCUCCAAGGAUGUCAGGGACAAGAUUGUAGACCUACACAAGGCUGGAAUGGGCUACAAGACCAUCGCCAAGCAGCUUGGUGAGAAGGUGACAACAGUUGGUGCGAUUAUUUGCAAAUGGAAGAAACACAAAAGAACUGUCAAUCUCCGUCGUCCUGGGGCUCCAUGCAAGAUCUCCCCUCGUGAUCAUGAGAACGGUGAGGAAUCAGCCCAGAACUACACGGGAGGAUCUUGUCAAUUAUCUCAAGGCAGCUGGGACCAUAGUCACCAAGAAAACAAUUGGUAACACACUACGCCGUGAAGGACUGAAAUCCUGCAGCACCCGCAAGGUCCCCCUGCUCAAGAAAGCACAUAUAUAGGCCCGUCUGAAGUUUGCCAAUGAACAUCUGAAUGAUUCAGAGGAGAACUGGGUGAAAGUGUUGUGGUCAGAUGAGACCAAAAUCGAGCUCUUUGGCAUCAACGCAACUCACCGUGUUUGGAGGAGGAGGAAUGCUGCCUAUGACCCCAAGAACACCAUCCCCACCGUCAAACAUGGAGGUGGAAACAUUAUGCUUUGGUGGUGUUUAUUUGCUAAGGGGACAGGACAACUUCACUGCAUCAAAGGGACGAUGGACGGGGCCAUGUACCGUCAAAUCUUGGGUGAGAACCUCCUUCCCUCAGCCAGGGCAUUGAAAAUGGGUCGUGGAUGGGUAUUCCAGCAUGACAAUGACCCAAAACACACGGCCAAGGCAACAAAGGAAUUGCUCAAGAAGAAGCACAUUAAGGUCCUGGAGUGGUCUAGCCAUUCUCCAGACCUUUAAUAUCAUAGAAAAUCUGUGGAGGGAGCUGAAGGUUUGAGUUGCCCAAACGUCAGCCUCGAAACCUUAAUGACUUGGAGAAGAUCUGCAAAGAGGAGUGGGACAAAAUCCCUCCUGAGAUGUGUGCAAACCUGGUGGCCAACUACAAGAAACGUCUGACCUCUGUGAUUGCCAACAAGGGUUUUGCCACCAAGUACUGAGUCAUGUUUUGCAGAGGGGUCAAAUACUUAUUUCCCUCAUUAAAAUGCAAAUCAAUUUAUAACAUUUUUGACAUGCGUUUUUCUGGAUUUUUUUGUUGUUAUUCUGUCUCUCACUGUUCAAAUAAACCUACCAUUAAAAUUAUAGACUGAUCAUGUCUUUGUCAGUGGGCAAACGUACAAAAUCAGCAGGGGAUCAAAUACUUUUUUCCCUCACUAUAGCAAGCCACGGCCACGUGACUCACUGUCUGUAGGAGCAGUCCAUUAUCGUGAACGGGGUACCUAAAUAAAUUAAAGCUUUGGGUGGGGAGAUGGGCUCUAAUACAGCACAGCGGGCAUGACUUUCUCCCUCUGCUUAUGCAACUAAACAUGUAUGUAUUUGCAGCAGUGACUAACUAGAUGUGGAAUGCCCUGGAUAUUUGGAAUGAAAAGCUCGGUCGGAGCCUUACUAUCGUAUCGAGCGACAAAGGCGGCACACACACACACAUGCUCACAGCUGCUUUUUUUAACCUAGCAACAGGGCCUAUCUGGGGAUCAACCAUGCAGGAGUGGAUAGAGAGAGGGAGAGAAAGGGAGAGAGCUUGACCUGCUGACCAGAGCGGCUCCAUGCCUGAGUGGCGUGUACAGUGUGGUGAUCCUAAUGCCCUGGGGGCGGGGGUGUGGAGAGCAGGGAGCACGCAGCAGGCAAGAAGAGGCAUGUUGGAGAGAGGGGGGGUUUGGGACUGAUGUAUUUUUCAGCUCAAAGAGGCUAAUCCGGGUUCUUAUCCCACUUGCAGCUAAAAUGGAGCACUGGGCAGAGAGCUGGGAGAGGGGGAGGGGAGCGAUGGGUAUAGAGGGGGGAGGGGCACGGCAAGGGGGGUUGUGGCAGGCAGGCAGCAGCAUCAUCACAAACAGUGCCCCCUCUUUAACCACACAAUGUUGCUACCUAAUGCCAGUUCAGCUGAGGUCACCCACAAAGGUCCUCUGUAGCUCAAUUGAUAGAGCAUGGCGCUUGUAACGCCAGAAUAGUGGGUUCGAUCCCCGGGACCACCCAUACGUAAAAAUGUAUGCACACAUGACUGUAAGUCGCUUUGGAUAAAAGCGUCUGCUAAAUGGCAUAUUAUUAUUAUUAUUAUUAUUAUUAUUAUAGAGCAGUAACGGCACACACACACUGGAUGUCACGCUGGCAGGCGAGGGACGGGGUAUCCACCAUAAUGGUGAAACGAGUGCGUGUUGAGAUUAUUACACUGGAGCUGCUGCUUUGGCAACGAGGCACAAUCACAUCUUAUCUCUCUUUCAUGAAGCCCUGUAAAGGGACUGUGCCAGGAUGGGCGCCUGCGAACCAAACAGGCUUUAGACAGAUACACUAACUCACUCAAUCACCAAGCCUGUGGCUCCACAGUUAACAGGGGCUACUAGAUUAAAGCUAGUUUUUACUGAAUCAUUAGGGAUCAAAUCGUCUGAUUUCAGAGUACUGUGUCCAGGUUUCGUGUGUGUGUGUUAGUUUAACUAUCCUUGUGGGUACCAGAAGUCCUCACAAGGAUAGUAAAACAAGGAAAAUUCGGACAAGCGGGGACAUUUUGCCAGUCCCCAUGUGGAAAAAUGCUAUUUUAGGCUUACGGGUUAGGUUUAGGGUUAGGGUUACAAUUAGGGUUAGGGGUUACGGUUAGGUUUAGGGUUAUGGUUAGGUUAAGGUUAGGGUUAGAUUUAGGGUUAGGGAAAAUAUAAUUUUGGCUGGGAAUCAAUUAUUUGGUCCCCACAAGGAUAGCAAUACAAAACUGUGUGUGUGUGUGUGUGUUAGAGCUGGGUGAUUUGGACAAAAUCCAUGUCACGAUAAAUUGACUGAAUUAUCAUGAUGACGAUAAAUCAAACGAUACGUUUAUAACAUUGAUGUACAACACAGUUAUUUUUUUAUAUUACCCUUAAAAUUACUACUAUUACUUUGAAUGCUGUAGCUAUCAAUUGUCCCAUUAACAUGCACCCAUAUUAGCAAACGUAUUUCAUUUCAAACUUCGCAUUUCUCUAGUAGGGCCCUAUAGGUUAUUUAUCAUAAUGAACAAUAUCAGCACUAUGUCCACGAUAAAUGCGGUCGGUUUAUCAUCCCAGCUCUAGUGUGUGUGUGUGUGUUUUCGUGCGCGCGUGUAUGUGUGACUGAGAGUGAGAUAUCCUCUUGAUUUAACCGUCACUCUCAGUGACACUAAGCCGGAUAGAUUUGGCUGAUUCCCAGCCCCAGAGAGACCCAGCUAGAAAUGCAUUUUAUAAAAAUGACAUCAGCCAGCUAGAGUUGAGCCCAUAUCAGCCCUACAUUAUGAACACAGUGACCGCAACACGUAACCCAUUUAGUUUUUCACAUUCUUGGCAAAGUUAUUAACAAAAUCCUCUUUCAGCACUCCUUGAUUUUGAGUACAUCCUACAAUAAUCCUUUUGUCCAGGCAUAAUCUAGAUUGAUCUAAUUUUACUCUCUCUGUCUUUCUCUCGCUCUCUUUCCCUCUCCCUCCCUCUCUGUCCCCUUCCCUCCAUAGCAACAUCAAACCCGGUUACCCCGAAGCCUCCUGUCUUCACCACCCUGAUGUACUCGUUGGUGCCCAUCAUAGGCAUCACUGCUAUCAUCCUCUUCUCCUUCUGGAUGUACCGCCAUCACAAAUUGGCAUACCCGCCAGUCCUGGUGCCCACACAGGUAAGAUAACACAUGUACAAAACCCUCUUUAGUUGCAAAAACAGAUGUAGCUAGCUAUGCAAUGACCAUGUAAUAGACUAGCUACUGUAUAUCAAUGAUGGUUGUUCUCAUUGGAGUUCACCUGUAGCUAGCAUUUGAUCUGUGUUGGCUGGAUGGUGGAAGCAAGGUAUUCCAAGUGUUCACAGAUAUGCCACUGUAGAUGCAACACCUGACUGUGACCCGCUUUGUUGAUCAACUUUUCCUCCAUCAUGACUAAUGUCGGUGAGAGCAGUACUAUGACUUUUAAUCACCUGUAUGACACAGAUCAGUUGCUAUGAGUUGUAUUGCUUACUGUACUUGAGCUUGUGCUGUUAGUAGCCUGAGAGUCUGUAGUCAGCAGCUGUAGAGGAGACUGCGCUCACAUUUUCUUUUCUUUCCUCCGUCCCUUUUUUGGAGAAAUUACGCCUCUUCAGGAAAUGUAGCCCCCCUCAUUCCCUUGCUUUGAUGUGAUGGGACAGAGCAUUUACUGAGCCUAUCUGCCAUUGACACACACACACACGCAUAAAUGAAUGCUCAAAGUGCAUGUGAAAUCUCCAUGAAAGCCUGGCUGUGCCAAAGCUAAGGCCCCAGAUACUUGGCAGUUUGGCAGAAAUGUUAGUACAUAACGCACUCAGAGAAGUGAAUUCUAAGAACAUAAGUCUAUUAUAACGUCUUCCAUUGCCUCAACUAGCAUCUAAAAUCAGUGAACACAAUGAUUCCAGAAAAUAAGAUUUUGCUCUUUCUUUACAGUAUAGUACCAUACCAUCCCACCUCUACCCUCUUGGGUGUGAUAGGGAUGCAUCAAAGUAUGGACACCUUUCACAUAUGGUCAGUUCUUUGGCAUCAAGCCAGUGAAGCCAUUCAAGUAGGCCACUGUAUUCUGCUCAUGUUGGAGUUAGUGGGAGCUGUGAAGUGGAUGUGAGAAACCAUGCUGUUUUUUUAUGUUCUGCUCUCAUCUUUAUUUACCCAGUGUUGUGGCUGGCUGUGUUCGAUGUGUCCUUUCAGAUUUGUCUGAAGGUGAGCCACAGCUGCAACAGGCUCAAGUUAAAGGACAACUCCGCCACUUUUAACAAUUGGGUUGUUAUUAUAUAAUAAUAAUAAUAAUAAUAAUAAGCCAUUUAGCAGACGCUUUUAUCCAAAGCGACUUACAGUCAUGCGUGCAUACAUGUUUGUGUAUGGGUGGUCCCGGGGAUCGAACCCACUACCUUGGCGUUACAAGCGCCGUGCUCUACCAGCUGAGCUGAAGUAUUUAGUGAUGUCCUGCACAGUUUUUGUUUAAUUUUAUGUUUUCAUGACUGUUUAGUGAUUAGCAAAACCGGAAAUCGCUUCUCUGUUACGUUUUUGAACACUACCGAGUUCCAAACUGCCUCUGGUAGGAGAUGACUAAUACAAGAAAUUAUGCACAGUCAUUUUCAGUGAUCUAUGUAACCCGUCUGUCGUUUUCUGAUCAUACUGGAACUCCCUGCUAUAUGUUGCUCUGGUUGUCUGUCUAACAACAUUUGUAAAUAUUUUUAAAUUGACGCUCAAAAACCUAUAGAAUGAUACACUAUAUAUACAAAACUAUGUGGACACCCCUUCAAAUGAGUGGAUUCGGCUAUUUCAGCCACACCCAUUGCUGACAGGUGUAUAAAAUCGAGCACACAGCCAUGUAAUCUCCAUAGACAAACAUUGGCAGUAGAAUGGCCUUACUGAAGAACUCAGUGACUUUCAACGUGGCACCGUCAUAGGAUGCCACCUUUCCAACAAGUCAGUUUGUCACAUUUCUGCCCUGCUAGAGCUGCCCUGGUCAACUAUAAGAGUUGUUAUUGUGAAGUGGAAACGUCUAGGAGCAACAACGGCUCAGCCGCGAAGUGGUAGGCCACACAAGCUGACAGAACGGGACCGUCGAGUGCUGAAGCGCGUAAAAAUCCUGUGUCCUCAGUUGCAACACUCACUACCGAGUUCCAAACUGCCUCUGGAAGCAACGUCAGCACAAUAAAUGUUUGUCGGGAGCUUCAUGAAAUGGGUUUUCAUGGCCGAACAGCCGCACACAAGCCUAAGAUCGCCAUGCGUAAUGCCAAGCGUCGGCUGGAGUGGUGUAAAGCUCGCCGCCAUUGGACUCUGGAGCAAUGGAAACGCGCUCUCUGGGGUGAUGAAUCAUGCUUCACCAUCUGGCAGUCCGACGGACAAAUCUGGGUUUGGCGGAUGCCAGGAGAACGCUACCUGCCCCAAUGCAUAGUGCCAACUGUAAAGUUUGGUGGAUGAGGAAUAAUGGUCUGGGGCUGUUUUUCAUGGUUCUGGCUAGGCCCUUUAGUUCCAGUGACGGGAAAUCUUAACGCUACAGCAUACAAUGACAUUCUAGACAAUUCUGUGCUUACAACUUUGUGGUAACAGUUUGGGGAAGGCCCUUUCCUGUUUCAGCAUGACAAUACCCCCGUGCACAAUGCAAGGUCCAUGCAGAAAUGGUUUGUCGAGAUCGGUGUGGAAGAACUUGACUGGCCUGCACAGAGCCCCGACCUCAACCCCAUCGAACACCUUUGGGAUGAAUUGGAACGCCGACUGCGAGCCAGGCCUAAUCGCCCAACAUCAGUGCCCGACCUCACUAAUGCUCUUGUGACUGAAUGGAAGCAAGUCCUCGCCGCAAUGUUCCAACAUCUAGUGGAAAGCCUUUCCAGAAGAGUGAAGGCUGUUAUAGCAGCAAAGGGGGGACCAACUCCAUAUUAAUGCCCAUGAUUUUGGAAUGAGAUGUUCGACGAGCAGGUGUCCACAUACUUUUGGUCAUGUAGUGUAUUUAUAGUCAGCCUAUUCCAAUAUUUGUCUGUUGUUCAAGACUCAAACUCCCAUGAUUCCAUUCGACAAAACCACUCCCACCAUCAUCGACCGAAGUUGCAGCUCCAGCAGCCAUUGUGCCCUUUCCAAAUAGCCUAUAUUUUCAAAUUGAAUUACUUGUAAACAUCAUACAUUUUAUUAGUUCCAAGAGGCCUCCAGUGUUGUUGGAUGGUUGCUUGGUCGCUGAGGCUGUAUUUGUCUGUUAUCGUAGAAAACACUUUAUUUCAGAUGCAGCAGGUUUAGCUACUUAGCUAGCUAGCAUUGCUAGCGUUAGCACCAAAGAGACAGACUGAGAGAUACUAGGAUUCUGUAAUGAUUUGCCUGUAAAAUCCAUAAAAAAUUAUGUGUUUUUUUAACAGGUCUAAAUGUUGUUUAAGACAGCCGCUAAGAUGAAACAAUUAUUUCGGAUGCAGCAGUCGGGCUAGCUAGCAUGCUAACUAGUUGCAUUAACUCAGUGUUAGGGUUAGCAGAGCUAGCUACUCAGAAUCUACAUUCAAAUUAUUUAUUCGUGUAUUGCAGUUUUUUGGUGACAAUGACAUGAGCAUAUAUUCAGCAUGACAUUUAUGGAAGCAUAAUAUAUUUUCAACCCAAAAGUAAUGUGAAAUGCACAUAGCUUAUGAUAUAAGCAAUAUAUUUUGACUAAGCUUUCUUCAGGGUUUGAUAGCCAGCUAGCUAAGUGGCUGACUAAGUGGAGCAUUGCUUUAUAGGCAACGAAAUGCACCCUGGGAAUCGUAGUAUGCUGUAGACGAGGGCAAUACAGACGCUUCAAAAUUACAAAAACUAGGAAUCGUGCAGUAUUACUAACAAAAACAAUAAAACAUCAAAAUGUGCAUAAAAUAGUAGUGCAUAUACAGUAUACUAACAGCAUAAUAACUGGUUAUAAAGUGGCAGAGUUGUCCUUUACAGUCAUGCCCAUUUCCUUAAUUCAGCGGUCAUGUCGACCCUUUCUGAGACUCCUGAGCAGAGGGGCUCUCGACCUCUCUUCACAAUGAGACCAUCAGUGCUGCUUUUAGAACCAAUGUCCAGUCCACCUCAUGGGUCUUAUAAUAGUCAGAAGACACAGAUCGACAUACUGUACAUGAGAUCCUGACUGUCUUGGUACGGGUGUACAGUGUAUCUGUUAGUAAAGUUCUGAUAGAAAAAAGGCUGGUUAGGCCUCCCUAUGAUGUGUGGUUCUUUCUCAGUAUGGCCGUUCUAUGCAAGUACAGUAUCUGAUAAUAAUGGGGGGGGGGGGGGGUUGAAGUGUGUGUGUAUGUGUGUGUGGUCCUCGCCCACUCAUCAUCACCCGCACCACAGCACAGAACACUGAGCACAGGAAAGCGUUCGCUCGUUCCGAGAGGAGAGGGGGAGGGUUGGAUUAAUAAUGCAUGCUCUCGCUCUCUUUCUCCCUCGCUCUUGCUCUCGCUCUCUCUUCAUCUCUACCCCUCCCCCUCCCUCACGGCUAUAAAAAGGCUUGCUGCACACAGGUCAAUGAGACAUGCCUGAGUUUGAUCAAUAACAAGCCAUGUUUUCGUUUAUGCUGGCUUCCCACCCCCAUGCUGCAGCUCUCUCUCUCUGCUGUUAUCUACUGGACCAAUUACAGCAAGCAGGAGUCAUUAUAUAUAAUAUAUACUGCUGCACAUGAAGUGCUUUUCAUGCUAUGCAUUCUUCCCAAACAAGUUGAGGUAUGCAUUUACACAAUGCGUGCUGGCCAUUACCAUAUAUCAUAUCGAUUGCACAGCAGCAGUAACAAAGGAGAUCCACUGUAAAGAUUAACAUUAAAUCUCUGCAUAGCAUGCACUAGCGACUAGCUGAAUGCUCUCUCUCUCUCUCUCUCUCUCUCUCUCUCUCACACACACACACACACACACAGUCUUGUUUAACUAACCUUGCGGGGACACACAAUUUAUAACCAUUCUAAAUCCUAUUUUCCCUAUCCCUUACCCUAAUCCAAACCUUAACCCCAAAACCUAACCUUAACCUUAAACCUAACCCUAACUCUUAACCCUAAAACUAACCAUAACUCCUAAACCUAAUUCUACUUUAACCCUAAACCCUCUAGAAAUAGCAUUUGACUAACAAAAUGUCCCCAGUUGAUCACAUUUUUGUUAGUUUACUAUUCUUGUGGGGACUUCUGGUCCCCAAAAGUAUAGUUAAACACGUCCACACACAGACACACACACACACACACACACACAGAUUGGUCACUCCUCUGGUCUGCUCUUUGGCCAGGGCUCACCCUUCUCGACCUCCAUUCCCAGAGUGCAAUGUGAUCCGAGAGAAAAGGAGAAGAGAGAGAGGGAUAAGAGAGGAGAGGAGUGCUUGUUCAUUAUUCAUCAACCUUCUAAAGGCACCCUCUGAGUAAGCAUGUCCUUCAGCAGAGACAGGGAAAGAGAGAGAGGGCGCAAGGGCUUUUAACCCUACUUAAUGUCCCUCCAACACUUGCUUUCCCUCCACUACCAAGGUCUCACUGAAGUGACAGACAGACAAAUCAAGACAGAGUGCACCUGUCUUGUCGUAUUCUGCUUACUGCCACCUGGGUCCUUUUAAGUCCUUGGUCUGCUUUAUUUCACAGGCGCAGGUGUUACCAUUGCCUGGAAUUGUAUUUCAUACUCUUAUUUAUACUCUUGUCUUGACUCUGACAUUCUCCUGGGCUUUAUUUGUUGUUCAGGCUCUUGCGUGUGUGCACACACAUACACAUGCAUCACUUGCACACUCACUCAAAUUAAUUUACAUGUUACAGUAGCAUUUAGCUGCAGCAGCGCUGCCAGGGAUGUGUGUGUGUUUGUGCACAUUUGCGUGCGCAUGCUCGUGUGCUUGUGAGAACAGUGUGUGCUCGCUUGGCGGUGUGUCAGGGGAGGGAAGGGACCAGAAGCGUAAUCACACUCUCUAACAGCCAUUGCGAAAUUCUGGGGGAAUUGUUGGCAGCCACUGAAAUGCUUACCGUCAACUUGUAAUUUUUAUAGCAUCCUGGGGCUGAACACUCUGUAAUAUGCACACAGAGGUGGGCUUGAAAACCUGGAGUUAGCAGUAGCCUCUUUCCUCACACACAUGCUAAACAUAGUACCAUAGAGACACACACCAUUACUAUGUAUGAUUUACCCCGUGAGUACUGUUACUCACUCACUUCACCCCUAUUGCCUUAGCCAGUUGUGCGUGAAUGGUGUAGGAAUGAAUUGGCUGGCGCUUCAAUACGAUGGUUUUGUAACGGGGUGUAAAGUAACGAGAAAGAGAAAGCUUUCUGAGGCAGACAGGCGGCCUAAUGGACUCUCAGACGCUGUCGUGACUUGAAAACUUGGCUGCAGGUGAGCAGCGGAACUCACGGUUGACUGGUUACUCAUUCCAGAUGUUGCUUUGUAAAAAUGUCCCACUCUUAUUGUUCGCCUCCACAGCUUCCAGUGAACUGAAUUGAGGUCAGUUGAUGGCACGGUUGACUCCCAGGACAAACCAUGGUGUCCCCUGAUCCUAGGUCAGGUCAUAAGAAGGAGAGGAGUGGUGUUAUAUCCUCUGUCCAUAGGUCAUCAGCUCAGUUGUCAUUUCUUUUGCCACUCUCUGUGCUUCCAAUGCUUCCAUGUCUCUCAUGCUGGAAAUGUUUUCUUUCCUUAACUAGCACGCCUUUCAUAUUAUGAUAGAGGUAAGAGAAGUCUCUCUCAUUCAGCAAUUGGGUACAAUCUGUUCACUGAGGACUGUUUUAUUGGUUGGAUUUGUUUUUGCAUCUCUUAUGAAUAUGAUUUAUCAUAUCCUUCAAGCUUGAGCCUGCCACCUCCUCAAAUACACUAUUCAUUUCUAUUUAAGUUGUAACUACGCACUGUAUUUUACUUUUGUGAUGCUCCUUAAUGGUGUUUAAUUGUGCACGGAUAUAUGUUAAAUCCACUGUCCUGCUUGGGAUUCUGCAGCAGAAUCGAAGUGCAUGGACCGAUGCCUCCGUGGUUGGAACGCAAGAAACUGAGCAUGUUGUGAAUGCAGCCAAAGAACGUGAUGGUGAAAUUAUCGAUAUGGUGGCUUAUAUCAAUGUGGGGUGGAAGGGAGGGGUGGGAGAAUGGAGGCUAAGAACACACACACACACAAACACAGACACACACACAUACAGUUAUAGGCUACUUAAAUAUAAAAUAACCAAAUAACCAUUUUGAACAGAAGCAAACCACCACCUGCUGGUUUGCUUUAUAUCUAAGUCAGUACAACGAUAACCAUUCUCAAUAUCUUGUAAACAACAGUAUUGAUUCGCCUGUUGAAGACAAAAGAAUGCCUCACAAAGAUGAUAAAUGUUAGGCCUCUCCGCCCUGUCCUAGCCUACAUGGACAACUGGACCAUAAAAAUGGCAUUGUUUUCAUUUUUAGUUAGCAGUGCCUGUGCAAUGAUUGACACUUGAGAGAAUAGAAAUGUAAACAUGACCUUGAACACUGUGAACGCAGCUAGAGGUGCAGGGUGUGGCUGGGGUUAGGCCUGAGCUGCAUGCUUUAGCCCAGGCUAUAAAUCCUGUCCUAUAUGUUUCCCUCUUUCACUUGGUUUCCCUCCUCCUUCCUGUUCCACCCUUUGCUGGCAUUAAUCAGUAUAUUCUUUGUUCCCUUCCCACUGUGGCUGUACACAUACAGUAGCAAUGUGCAUGCAGGCCAUUAUGUGUACACCCCAUGGGGAAAGACAACCAUUCUGUGUAGAUAUAGAGGUUCACUACUACUUUCCCUGCUGUUCAACUCAACCAUUAGAGGACCAAUAACGAACACAAUAUUAUUAUGUGACCUGCAGGCUAUAGAUAUUGUGGUCCUCCAGGUCUGUGAGUGAGUUGAGUGGCAGCAGAGAUGUUCUGCUUUGAUAAGAGACCCAGAAACCCACAGCUAGUUUACACAGGAAACAGACCAUCGCUUCUGCUGACAAAUGUUUUUUAUCUGAUGGAAAAGGUCACUAUACGCCUAUAGGUUCUGGGCAGAAUCAUUCACACACACAGCCAUAUGAACACCCCACCUACACCUCCGGACAUAAACCCAUAGGUUCAACAUACUAUAGUCUAUAGACCUACAACAGAUUCUGUAGACACAUAAAGGUCAUGCUCAGUCAGUAUUGCGACUAGAACACCCCUUUAUCAAUCUGUCAUCAAAAUUAUAAUCCUGCCUUUGAAGUUCUCUUCCUUGAUGGAAUCAAGGUAAAGGUGUCUCUCUUUAGUACUGUCUGGAGCUAUGAUGGAUAUGUCCAUUAAACAGGAUCUAUAGGUAGCGCAGACCAGAGCCAUAUGCCUAUAUAGACAUGGCUCCAGUGCAGACCAGUCACAAAGAAAGGCCCAGACGAGUCCAUGUAAACUCCUAGUUCCAGAUCAGGAACUGUAGUCCCAUUACUUUACCUCAAACUAAAUAAUCAACCCACCUCUGUUAUCUUUCAAAGGGACUAUUGAGGCACCUGGACUGGUAUAUCCUUUUUACACUAUUGAGCCAAACCGAGCCGGAAAGAACAAUGUGAAAAGAAAAUAUCCUAGCCAGCACAGUACGGUUCGGCCCGGCCCUUUAGUGUGAAUCAGGUACUAGAUUCCCAGCAGACCAGGACUGAGCAUCCCUGUUGAAUAAUUACGUGCUGCAGUAGUCAAUCAGUCAGUCAGUGUAGUCCGUCCCCUGCUACUCUACAGUAAGUAGGUCAGACCUCAUCCAGUAGUCCAGAGAGGAGACAGAGGUUGGUGAUUAAGUUUAACAAGCUCACCACUUCCCUAGCCCCCAUAAGCCCCUUCUGUCAAAGCUUCAUAGUGCCCAGCCCAGCAGCUGCUCAAAAGUUUCCCUUUUCUUUGACUUGAGGCUAUGGCCCAACCAUUGACCCUGCUACACUGCAGCCAUUUUGUAUACUACUUCUUUAGUCACUGCAGUAUGCCGAUAUGCAAAGCGUUGCACUUGAUGCUUGGUCUCUGUGUAAUAAACAGUGAGGUUGAUGUGUCUUUUUCUCUCCUCUCCACUGCAGGACCCAGGGCCCUUGCUUCCUUCCCCCAUCCUGGGUCAGAAGCCAUUGCAGUUGAUUGAGAUCAAAGCCAGGGGGCGCUUCGGCUGCGUGUGGAAGGCUCAGCUACUCAACGAUUACGUGGCUGUCAAAAUCUUCCCAAUUCAGGUACAGGACUGUUAGCCACUAACUAACCACCAGCAGCAGAAUGCAGGGCUAUGGGGGGAGGCUUUCCCUAAUUCUUUGUGAGGGUAGAGGAGAGGAGAGCGUCGUCAGUCUUAAAGUUCCAGGCCCUAACUAAUCCUCCUGGGCUGACCAGCCCUUUAGCUUAGAGGCCAAUCACUAAGCCCACAGUGGCCUCGAUUGACCACUAAGCACCAACUGACAUAAUGACAGAACAUGCAUACAGUCAAGUCCAUAAUUAUUGACACCCUUGAUAAAGAUGAGCAAAAAAGACUAUAAAAUAAAGAAUACAAAUACUGAGCUGUAUUGUAUGCUAUUUUUUGUUGUUGAAAAUUAUAUUAUUUUAUACUAAUACAAUUGCUCAGAGAAACAGAUUUUGUUUUAACAAGUAAUACAAAAUAUAUUUAAAAAAAAAAGACAGGUCAAAAGAGCUCUAUUUUCAUGUAAUCCAUAGCACCGCUUCCAAUCCAAGUGCCAAUGCCGUUUAGCAAACUCCAGGCGGUACUAUUGUCAGAUGACCUGAAAAUAGAGCUCUUUGACCACGCACACCAGUGGUAGGUUUGGCAUCGGAAAACAGAUGCAUAUGCAGAAAAGAACCUCCUACCUACUGUAAACUAUAGUGGUGGAUCUUUGAUGUUAUGGGGCUACUUCCACUGGUUCUGGGGCCCUUGUUAAGGUCGACGGCAUCAUGAAUUUACCAAGUACCAGAACAUUUUAGCCAAAAACCUGAAAACUUGGCUGCAAGUGGAUCUUCCACUAAGACAAUAACUCUAAGCACACAUCAAAAUCCACAAAGAAAUAGUUAAUUGACCACAAAACCAACAUUUUUGCAAUGGCCAGCUCAGUCUCCGGACUUGAACCCCAUUGAAAACCUGUGGUUUGAAUUGAAGAGGGUUGUCCAUAAGUGCAGACAAAGGAUAUCAAGGAUCUGGAAAGAUUCUGUAUAGAGGAUUGGUCUAAGAUCACCCCAAUGUGUUCUCCAAUCUCAUAAAACAUUUUAGAAAAAGGCUCAGUGUCGUUAUCCUCGCAAUGGGAGGUUGCUGGAGUAUUGAAAACAGGGGUGCUAAUAAUUUUGACCCCGAUCUGUUUUAGAUUGUUUUUUAUUACUUGUUAAACAAAAUCUCUUUCUCUUAGCAAUUGUAUUAGGAUUAAAGGAUAUAAUUCAGCAUACAAUAUAGCUCAUUAUUUGAAUUAUUUAUUUAUACUGUCUUUUUUGGAAAGAAGUGGAGGGCACUGAACCAACUUGAGUCGAGGUGCAACCAAAAAAUGUAAUCAUAAUUGAAAAGGAAAAGUCGCAACGCUCGCUCGCCGUUAAAAAUGAAUUCUUCAUAGUCUUUUUUGCUGAUCUUUAUCAAGGGUACCAAUAACUUUGGACCUGACUGUAUAUUAUACUGUUUUAACCGGUUAAAGAACGUUUUUUUUUUGUGUCUUUUGACAAUUUGUUUACCCUACCAAAUACUUUGCAAUCUAAUAGUGGGGGGAAAUCCAAUACUCACUAGUUGUUAUACAUCUGACUUUAUAGUGAAUUUGUGGCCUUGUUUGUCAUUAUCAGGACAAGCAGUCAUGGCACAAUGAGUAUGAAAUCUACAACCUGAGCGGGAUGAGGCAUGAGAACCUUCUCCACUUCCUGGGAGCGGAGAAGAGGGGCACCAACAUGGACAUAGAGCUGUGGCUGAUCACAGCCUACCACGAGAAGGUACAGCCCCCCCCCCCCUGCUGGCCAAAGGACCACAGCACAAUCACAAAUUACAUUCAGCCUAGCUCAUUCAAGGUUCUCAUGCUAUAAUUUAACAAUUAUCCCAAUAAACAUUAAGAAGAUAAAGAUGUUUCUUUCUAAUUUUCAGAGAAUACUAGAAUGAUCUUUAUCUGUGUUGAAUAAACAUGCCCUCUAGUGGUUAGAAGUAGAACAAUCAGCUGGCAUUAUGUCAGACUGUGGUGGCAUGUUGAAGGUGAGACACAUUGCUAGGUGCUGUUAUAUUAACUGGCUGUAUACCUCCAUUUCCAGGGCUCGUUGACAGACUAUCUGAAGGCCAACGUGUUGUCAUGGAAUGAGCUGUGUCACAUAGCCCAGACCAUGUCCAGAGGCCUGGCCUACCUCCAUGAAGACAUUCCUGGUCUGAAGGAUGGACACAAGCCUGCCGUCGCCCACAGGUCAGCUCCCUGCUCUCUUACCUUCCCUGGUCAUCUAUCCUCCAUGUUUUUGUCUUCCAAUAAAUCGAUUAUAUUCUGUUUUAUUCUAUCCACUUCCUUCCUCCACAAACAAAAUAUCUCUGCUUCCGGAUAUUACACAACAUUAUUUAUGGAAAAUGAUGGGUAGCUUUCCUCUCAUUGGUGUGUUGUCUCAUUGGUGUGUUUCUGAUCUGCUGUGAUCCACAGGGACAUCAAGAGUAAGAAUAUCCUUCUGAAGUCCAACCUAACGGCCUGCAUUGCUGACUUUGGCCUGGCCCUGAGGUUUGAGGCUGGGAAAUCAGCUGGGGACACGCACGGACAGGUGAGCGAUGGGAUGUAGGUUGUGGAGAGACUGUUUGAUAGACUCCAUGAUGUCAAAAUGACUGGAUCAUUCUACAUCAUAGAAUAUGCUUGUCAAUAGUUGAACUUUGUAUUCCACAAUGAACUGUAAACUGUCCAAAACAAGCAUGACCGUUGAUUUAGAUUGAUAUCAAACAAAUCAGUGUGUGUGUGUUUGUCUAUCAUUUCCAGGUGGGCACCCGGAGGUACAUGGCCCCUGAGGUCCUGGAGGGGGCUAUCAACUUCCAGCGGGACUCAUUCCUGAGGAUAGACAUGUAUGCUCUGGGGCUGGUGCUGUGGGAGCUGGCCGCACGCUGCAAGGCUGCUGACGGUAAGAGCACAGUCCCUGGAAGCACCAUAUAGUAGGGGUGACCAAUCUUUCUCCUGGAGAGCACGAUUCUCUUCCAACCCUACUCUCAGGAGAGCUACCCUACCACAGGAUUUAGUUCUAACUUUACUCUGCACCUUGAUUAGCUGAAUCAGCUGUGCAAGUGUAGGGCUGGAGCAGAAGCCUGCAUACCCAGUAGCUCUCCAGGAGGGUUGUCCUUUCCUGCCAUAGUACUACCAUAGUCCUGGUCAAGGGCCACCACUGUCUAAGCAGGGAACCAGUCUGUUGUUAUGGAUUAUGUCUGUCUGGUUCCAUGGAGCAGUAUUGACCUGGCCUGGCCUAGCCCGUGUUGAUGUGUCGGUGAUCAGCAUGUGGAACACCCUGCACGACCUCUGUGGUUAUCACUGGAGGUCAACUCGGAGUUAGAGCUUGGUCAGAGGAACUCACCGGCUCAGAGAGAGACCUCCACUGGUCAAGAGCUGUUAUAAACUGGGUGGUUCGAGCCCUGAAUGCUGAUUGGCUGACAGCCGUGGUAUAUCAGACCGUAUACUACGGGUAUGACAAAACAUGUAUUUUUCCAGCUCUAAUUACGUUGGUAACCAGUUUAUAAUAGCAAUAAAGCAUCUCGGGGGCCAAUAUACCACAGCUAAGGGCUGUAUACAGGCACUCCGCGUUGCAUUGUGCAUAAGAACAGCCCUUAGCCAUGGUAUAUUGGCCAUAUACCACACCCCCUCGUGCCUUAUUGCUUAAUUAGACCACACAAAGCAUCAGCUCUGAAUUCCUUCUGAGAAACUCAGAGAGCACUGAUUGAGUUUUGACUACUGAUGUAUUUUCUUUAUUAGCUCAAAGGAACUAUUGGUAUAUUGAUUGCAUUUUGUUUUGUGAAUGGGUCACUGUGGUUUUGAGAUUUGUGUGUAACAUUGUGCUGUGUGUAUGUUCAGGCCCAGUGGAUGAGUACAUGCUGCCGUUUGAGGAGGAGAUUGGCCAGCACCCGUCCCUGGAGGACAUGCAGGAGGUAGUGGUCCACAAAAAGCUGAGGCCCACGCUCAGGGAGUGCUGGCAGAAACACGCAGUGAGUAGAUCAUAUACACCAUGUAUCUUAAACUAUAAUGUGACUGAAGAGGCAGUACAGUGACUACCACAAACUACCAAACCACAAACUACCAAAACCCAUCGUCAUGGAACAGUGAGGACAUAGAGUACAGAGAAGCUCUGCUGAGCAGAAAGAAUAGCACAACUACUGAACAGCUUUUUACAUUAACAUGACAAUGGGCUUUUAUAGCUAAAUAUAGCUCCAUGUUAAUUUCCCCGUAUAAGCCUGUCUCUCCCUGCCAUGGCCAAGGCCACUUCUUACCUCAUCUGUUUAUGUCUUGACUACGGUUAGCUAAGAUGGUUUGUCUGAAUCCCUACUGUCUGCAGAGCAUCCUAACUCGAGUCCAACGCAGACACUUAUUGAUCGGAGAAUGAUACCAUCUUUGAGGCCCGAUUUCUCUCCCCCCAGUCUAGAAGAUAGCGGCCAUUUCUGAAAUGUCUGCUGAGUGGCCUCCUUCUCACAGUUUCUGCACUAUCAGUGUCUCCUAUCGGAUCUGUUUUCAUCCUCACCCUGGCUAUUUCCUCUUCUGUGGAUCUGUAACAGUAGAUUAGUUAAGCUAAUGGCGUCUGGUCUCUCUCUGUCCACCAUGCCGCCCCACGGGCCUCGCUCGCUGUGUGUCAUUGUGCCCUUGUGUCGCAGAGGGUAAACACGCGUGUGCUAAUGUGUGUGCUCUGUCCCUCCCAGGGUCUGACCAUGCUGUGUGAGACCAUCGAGGAGUGCUGGGACCACGAAGCGGAGGCGCGUCUGUCGGCGGGGUGUGUGGAGGAGCGCGUGGUACAGAUGCAGCGCCUCAACAACGUCACCGCGCCCGAGGAGAUUGUCACAGUUGUCACCAUGGUGACCAAUGUGGACUACCCCCCCAAAGAGUCCAGCCUAUGA